AUGGCACGUGCUGCAGUAAUCCCGCAACCCCCUGCAAAACGGGCGGGACGAACUUCAACAAAGUCAACAGCUGCUGCCGAUGCGAAGAAAAAAGCCCCCCAAAGAGCCACACCAGCAGCACGGGCUGCGGCCCCGGCCGUCGAUGCUGAGUCGGACGAUGAGCUGGGAUUUAUCACAAGCAAACCCGCAAAACCCAGCGCCCGCCCUCCUGGCCGCCCAGCUACCAAACCAAAAGCGACUGCAGCUGUAACUGCGAGAGGAAAGAAAGCUGCGUCGGAGUCUCUCGCCGACAAGUCGAAACCCCAAAAUAACGCCGGCGAAAAUGAGCUAGAACAACAAACCGAGGUGCCAAAGAAGCGCGUUGGAAGACCAAGGAAGAAUCUGUUACCUGCAGAAGCUCCUGCGACCCAGCCUGAAGCAGCGCCUAAAACUAGGGGACGACCAAGAGCGGGAACAACAGCGAAGGCCCCUCAGACCCGUGAAACGGCGACCACAGGCAGACGCACACGUGCGGCAGCGGAUACAGCGGAUGAGACGAAAUCGAACCAAAUCAGGAUUGCGACCAACUCGACAACAAUGCGCUCAAAUCUUUUGCGUGGGCCCGCCAAGAAGAAGACUGUGAAAUUCCAGGAUGUCUCGGAUUCCGAAGCUGAGGAAGUUGUGCCCGAGGUUCCUGCUGCCGGCCGUCGACGAGCAGCGACCAAAGGCGCGGGCGCUGGCAAGACCGGGCUUGGAGCGACUCCAGUUCGCAAGCCUGCGACGGCCGGUACUCGCGGAAGGAAGCCAGCUGCAGCGAAGAAAGAUGCGACCCAACCACUGUCUCCCAAGAAGGCCAAGCAGGUGGCCAAGUCUCUAUCAUCUUACGCAAGCUCCGAUGGAGAAGACGAUGAAUUGAACACAAUCAAGGACGACACCAAGGAUCCGGUCAGACUCGUUGUUCACUCGCCUGUUAAGCAUGGCUCGGAGACCACUGGACUGAGCUCUCCUGUACGGAGGAUCAACUUUACCCCCAAGAAGGCGUCCAGCUUCAUGGACGAGAAUGGCGAACCGAAACUACCAACACCAAAACACGGAUCAGAUGGCAUCGGUCUUAACUCCCCAGUCAGGAAAAUCAACUUUACGCCAAAUCGCAGCCAGAACGCUGUCGCAGAUAAUGGUCACCUCGCUCUUCCGCCGGGCAAUUCAGUUGUUUUUAGUGACUCUAUGAUCAUGUCUAGCCCUGCGAGAAGACCGGCGCCAUCAUCUCCCUUCCAGUUCUCCAUGAGAGAAACCCCGAAUCGUGGGGGUCUCUUCCGGGAUAGUGUGAAUCCGAUUUCCGCUCCUGAUUUCACACCCGGACGCACUUCUCCACUGAAGAUGUCACCUAAGAAAGGCUUUUUGGGUGCUUCUUUCUUGCAAUCGCCAUCCAAGGAUUCUACAUCAGCAGCCCCUGCUCGAACUCCCCUGUUUCAAAGCCCCGCAAAGAGAAUAGCCUCCCCAUUCAAAAACUCGAUAUUCUCUGCUCAUGCAUCUGUGGGCUCCUGCAAAGGCACGGACAAUGAUGGAACCCCAUCCAAGACAGUUGAACUCACACAAUCCGCCACCCCCAAAUCCUUGCCACGGGAAAGCCAGCCCGACGAAGCAGCCUUUGAAAAGGACACCGAAAUGGUCGAGGAUGUGGCCCGAGAUAUCUUUGGCAUUGAGCUGUCUUCUGAUAGAAAGGGAUCAUCGAUCUCUCCUAUCCAGGAAGAUAUUGCUGCCUCAGAAGUGGAGGCCGAGGGAGAAUCAGACAUGGAAGAGGAUGAAAUUGAGUAUAUUCAAGAUGAGACUCAGCCUGAGUACGAAGAGCCUGAAACGAUUUGCUUCGACGUCAUGGAAGAGGCCAAUAUGGCAACCGAGGACGACCUCUAUGAUCAAGAGCCCCAGGAAAACUCAGGCCCCGGAGCUAUCGAACAACUUGAAGACCAGGCUCAAUUCGACCGGGAAGAAGCCAAUACUAUCUGCUUUGAUGCCAUGGAAGACGCCCAAUUGGCAGCGCAUAAUCUCCACGACCAACAAGUCCAGGAAACCUCAGACCCAGAAGAAGGCGAAGAUCGCCAAGACGAGAGCGAAAGCGAAUUUGAGUACGAAGAGCUUGAAACAAUUUGCUUUGACGCGAUGGAAGACGCCGAAUUGGCAGCAAAUGAUCUUCAUCACCAACAAGUCCAGGAAGUAUCAGACCUGGAAGGGGGUGAAGAUCUCUAUGACGAGGAUGAAUUUGAGUACGAUGAACCUGAAACAAUUUGCUUCGACGCCAUGGAAGAUGCACACCUCGCGGAGAAUGGCCUGCAUGAUGAAGAAGGUCAGGUGGGAGACUCAGUCAUGGAGGACACGAAUUAUCCCGAGGAAGAGCUGGCGGUACUGGAGCGCGAGAUCGAGGAGGAAGAAUCCCAAGAUCCUGGUACUCGAUCACAGUCCCAAGAGUCAACCCCGGAAGCCUCACCAACUACGGAGAUGCAAGAACUAGACAUGGAAGAGCAGCCGAGUGAAGUUGCUUCGCCCUCCAGGUCACCAUUGCACUUGACCCGUGGCGAUGAAGCCCAGCCAUCGGUUCCCUUGGAUUAUUCCUCGGAAAGUGAACGUGAAUGGCAAGAAGAGGCUACUCAUCAACCAGAGGAAGUGGAACAUGUGAUGAGCGAGGAGAAUGAAAUGGAGGACACUGAGCCUGAGUUUGCUACAAUAUCGUCAAAGCCUGCUUCGUCACAUGAAAGCAGCCGUGUCGAGGAUAUUGCAACUCCGCCCCAAAGAACGCAAGCGACACCUUCGCCACGACCCAGUUCCACAGGCGGUAAAUCUAUUCGCCUGGCCUUGAAUCGCCCAGACAACCCAGAGAAUGAUCAUGACUCCACUCCAGAUGCCAAGAAUGCCAGCAACGUCAUCGUUGACACGCCCCUGCAUGAAGAAAAUAGUUGGACGCCAAACACGCAGGUUGACAGCCCUGCGUUAAUGGCACCCAGCCUCUUCAACACACCAAGUGUUGCUGACCAACCCCAAUCCCCUGCCGAGGCUAGCUUAGGUUUUACGCCAUUGGCACAAAGGUUUGACCGUUGGGAGCAAAACACCCCUUCCCAAGCUAGAUCACUCCGACCGCGUCGUCGGGGAGUUUUCUCGUUAGUAGGCCCCUUGGACCGCACUAACACGGGAGCUCCAACCAAUUCUGAAAGUGUGUCGUAUCCUGAUCUGACAAAGAGCCCUUUGGCACAAAACCCUUCUUUGUUUGCCGAAUUGCCACUUCAGUUUCAAAGCAAUGAUACUUGCACAAGCCCUGAGUAUGAACGUACUCCACGGCGAUCUUCCAUCUAUGAAAACCAUCAAGUAAUUGAUUCGCCAAGAACAAGCACGGAUAUCUUCGAGGAUCCUGAUUCGGGAGUCAUUGAACAGGAGCAUACUUCUGCCGCCGAAGUCCCGCAAGAUCAGGUCCAAGAGUCCCAUCUACUCGAGGACAAAGAGAACCUCGGUCCUUCGAUUCUCCCGUCUACCCCAAUGAAGGCGCAAGUUCAACCUGAUGAGUUACGCACUAUUCAUACAGUGUCCAAAGUACCUUUGAAAGCCGAAGGCGACGUAUCGCCUCUCAAGCUGUCCCGCAAGAGAGGUCUGUCCUUAUCGAGCACAUCCCCCACUCGAUCUUCCCCUCGUGUUCGCAAGCCAACCUUGAUGGCACUGAAUGAUACUCUCCCGAUUCUCUCUCCCUCCAGGAAAUCUCCACGGGUGAGCAGAAGUCCGACACCAAAACGCCGUUCUAUCACUAGCAGACGCAGCAGUGUAAAAGCACCUGUGAUGGCUGCGUCAAAUACUCCCGUUGCAACCGCCAGCCCUGCCAAGAAGCAGCGCCGCAGCAUCAGCACUGAACAGAAGGCUCUACAUGGAGCAGUCGUGCAUGUGGAUGUUCAUACCACCGAGGGUGAGGAUGCCUCUGGUAUCUUUGUAGAACUCUUGCAGCAAAUGGGUGCCCGGUGUGUGAAGUCCUGGUCCUGGAACCCUCGCUCCAGUCUCUCACCGGUUGAUGAUGUAGAGCCCAAGGACUUGAGAGUUGGCAUCACCCAUGUUGUGUACAAGGAUGGUGGCCUGCGGACUUUGGACAAGGUCAAGAAGGCAGCCGGUCUUGUCAAGUGUGUUGGAGUCGGCUGGGUUCUCGAUUGUGAACGGGAAAACCAAUGGCUUGACGAAACCCCGUACGCGGUUGACAGCUCUAUCAUCCCGCGCGGAGGUGCCAAGCGCCGCAAGAGUAUGGAGCCUCGUGCACUCAGCAAUGUGAACGGAACACUCGUGCGCAUUUCCGAAUCUCCCGCGCCAUCUGCUGGUGGACGUCGCAGUGGUGUCAACCCGGGUGCCGUCGAGGGUUUCCGCAAGAUCACACCUCCGACCCACCAGCAAGAGAUGCCAUCCACACCCCCACAACAAUCUUCUGCUGGUAGCUACCAAUUCCCCGCUACUCCUGGAUACAACUUUGCCAACCUUGAUGCCAUUGGCAUGUCGCCCGCUACACCGGGAUUCCUUGGAAAUCGCUCGAAGCUUGUCCAGCAAUCUUGCCCGCCAAAGCAGAGCAACCGAGGUCUCUUCCCGAGUACUAAGCCUCCGAGUAUCAUGCUGGAUGAUGGGCAAGAUGAAGAAUCCAGGAGACAGCGUCGCUUCCGUAUGGAGGCUGCUAGACGCAAGAGUCUUGUUUACAAGCCUGCUGUCGGCAGCCCUCUUGUCCCUUGA